AUGCGGUGCGCGAACAAGGCCGCUGAGAGCGCGUCUGCACGUCUCUGUGCAGACGCCGAAGCAGAAACCGCUGCACCAGAUGUGUCAUCGGUUGCUAAAGCGUCUCAGCCUGUAUCACCUGGCGAUGCAGGCGCUCGUCAUGAAGACACUCAUGUCUUCACAGAGUAUGAGCUCGGUGUCUCAUACUCUCCUGAUAAGAAAGAGGGAUCUGUAUCAAGGGGGGUUGAAACCAAGCCGCCUGCCAAGCGUGGUAUGGAUGAUGCUAUGCGUCGUAGCAUCUUUGGUUCAUCCGACGAAUCAGAUGAACCAUCGCCAAAGCGAAGGCGCUCGAGAUCGCAAGACUCGGGCGCUCACAGUGGUGUCGGUUCUCCAAUUGACACCUCUUCGCAGCGAGGUACCAGUACUUCUGUCGGCACGUCGCAAGAAGAGAGGGACCGCAACGUGUUUCGUCAUUCUCUUGAAAAGAAGGCAUAG